GUUUUAUGUAAAUUGUGGAAAUAAACCUUGGAAUUUUGCUUUUGCUACCACCAAAUCUCUUUAUUGUUAUCCAAACACAGUUAUUGGUUUAGGCGAGGGUUUUGAAGAAGAUGGGGAAGCCAAAGAAAGAAUUGUUAGCAUCGGCGCCAUGGCGCGCCGGAGGAGACGAUCAACAAGAUAAAUUCAAAGACGCGAAGCUCAAAGUCACCGCCCAGCCAGGAAGCACCCCUACUAUGCACGUUCCCGGCAAGAGGAAGCCCAAAGAUGUUGCUGCCGAUGAAGACGAUUCUCUCGAAAUCGACCCUGAACUCCGUUACAGCUUCCAACGCAAUUUUCAGUUCUUGCAACGGGUCUUCAGCAUUGAUACUCUUGUGAAACCACUACCUUAUUCAAUGCAAUACAAUGUUUCUCGCAACUUGAGUUUCUUCACACGCAUCUUCACACAGUUCUAUGAUCCUCAAGGUAUUGCAAAUGCUCAGAAGGCUCUUGGAAUAGGACAAGAAGACAAAGUCCGCAAUGUCCGUUGAUGAAGCUGUGUUAUUUGAGAUAUAUUUUUUUUUUAAUUUUUUUUUUGUGUUGAAAUGAUGUUGAUGAGUUACAACAGUUAGACAUCUUGUUAACAUUUUACAUGACAAGUUUAUUUUAUUAUGUUUGAUGAUUCUAAAGCCAAGUAAAUGAAUUUGUUAUUGAUGAAUUGAUAAAUUGUACCUUUUUUUACAACAAGUUUUACAAAUUGUGUGGAUUUUUUUACAAGAGUUUGAUGUGAAACUUGAAUUGAGUCUAAUAUUAAGCAAGUUAGUUUGUUGUAUUGUAAAGCACUUUUGAAGAUCUGAACGUAAA